AUGGUUAAGGAAAAGAGAAGUUUAGAAGAGGCUCAGGCUGAAAGUGAAGUAGAAAACAAAAAUCAAAAACAGCAGAAAAAAAUCAUUGCUGAAAAAGAAGAAGAUCUGGAACCAAAGACUAAGAAAAAUUCGAAAACAUCUGACAAAUCGAUAAUCAAUUUACAAGAUGACUAUAAACAUUUAAACAUUUCUGUCCAACCAUUAGAUAUUUUUUGCUGGGGUACUGGCUCAAUGUGUGAAUUAGGUCUAGGUCCAUUAGCUAAGAAUAAAGAAGUUAAGAGACCAAGAUUAAACGCAUUUCUUUCAAGUGACAAAGCUAAGAUUAUAUCAAUAGCAGUGGGUGGUAUGCAUACACUUGCUCUAGACCAAGAUAACAAUGUUUGGUCUUGGGGUUGUAAUGACGUUGGAGCAUUAGGUAGAGACACAAGCAGCGCCAAUGAAAAUUUAAAAGAUAUGGAUGCUGAUUCUAGUGAUGAUGAAGAUGGUGAUUUGAAUGAAUCCGAAUCCACUCCAAUGAAGAUCCCUAGAGAAUGUUUUCCUGAAUUGGAUUGUGGCGAGGGCAUAAAGAUAGUACAAUUAAUUGCUACUGAUAAUUUGAGCUGUGCUUUAUUAAGCAAUGGUGAAGUCUAUUCCUGGGGUACGUUCCGUUGUAAUGAAGGUAUCUUAGGUUUCUAUAAGGAUGAAAUUCAAAUCCAAAGGAAACCAUGGAAAUUACCAACCUUCUCGACAAAUAACUACAAGAUUGUUCAAAUGGCAUCAGGUAAAGAUCAUGUUUUAUUUUUAGAUGAAUCAGGAAUUGUUUACUCAUGGGGUAAUGGCCAACAAAACCAAUUGGGUAGAAAAGUGAUGGAAGAAUUUCGUCUAAAGACAUUAGAUCCAAGACCAUUUGGUUUAAAAAACAUCAAAUACAUUGGCUCUGGUGAGAACCAUUCAUUUGCCCUAAAGCAAGAUGGUUCAUUAGUCAGUUGGGGGUUAAACCAAUUUGGCCAAUGUGGUACUUCUGAAAAAAUCGAGGAUGGUGCCCUUGUUACUAUUCCAGAAGUGGUUAAAUUACCAAAGGAUUUCAAAAUUAAAGUUGUCUCUGGCGGUGAACAUCACACUCUAUUUUUAGGUGAAAACGGUGAUUUAUAUGUUGCUGGUAGAUUAGAUAUGUUUGAAAUUGGGAUCUCCAAGGACAAUUUACCAGAAUAUACAUACCAGGAUGAACACAAAAAACCACGUUCUGUUCCAUUACCAACAAGACUAGAAAAUGUUCCCAAGUUUAGAAAUGUCUGUGCUGGCUCUCAUCAUUCCUUGGCAAUUGCUACCAAUGGUAUUGCUUACUCGUGGGGUUUUGGCGAAACAUAUGCUGUUGGAUUAGGUCCAUCAGGCGAUGAUAUUGAGACUCCAACAAGAAUCAAGAAUACUGCCACCCUAGAUCAUAAUAUAAUAAUGGUUGGUGCCGGUGGCCAAUUCUCUGUGUCAGGAGGUGUAAAAUUAUCGGAUGAAGAAGCUGAUAAGAGAGCUGAUGAUAUGAAUGAUUAA